AUGAUCAACGGCACCCUAGUGGUGGAGUUCCGGCUGCUGGGAUUUCAUAGCCUUCCCGGCUGGCAGACCCUGCUCUUCCUUGUGCUCCUGCUCAUCUACAUCCUUUCCCUCAUGGGGAAUGUUGCCAUCAUCUCCGUGGUGUGGCAGGAGCCCCGGCUCCACUCACCCAUGUACUCCUUCCUCCAGAACCUCUCCUUCCUGGAGAUCUGCUACACCAGCACCAUCAUGCCCAAGAUGCUGGCCAACCUGCUGGCAGAGCGGAAGGCCAUCUCAUUUGCCGGAUGCAUGGUGCAGCUCUACUGCUUUGUCUUCCUGGGGGCCACUGAGUGCUUCCUUCUGGCGGUGAUGGCCUACGACAGGUACCUCGCCGUGUGCGACCCAUUGCACUACACCGCGGUCAUGAGCGAUACCUCUUGCGUCCGUCUGGCUGCAGGCUCCUGGGUGACGGGCAUCUUCACCGGGCUCUUGCCCUGCUUGCUCAUCUCCCGGCUCCAUUUCUGCGCCUCCAACCAGAUUCGACACUUCUUCUGUGAUAUCCCCCCCUUGCUCCAGCUCUCCUGCUCCGACACCACCAUGACCGAGCUCCUCAUAUUCGUCCUCUCCCUCCUGGUCCUCGUCAGUUGCCUGCUGCUGACCCUCGUGUCGUACCUCUUCAUUGUUCUCGCCAUCCUGAAGAUCCCCUCCUCCACGGGGAAGAGGAAGACCUUCUCCACUUGCGGUUCCCACCUCGCGGUGGUGGUUAUCUACUACGGCACCAUGAUCUCCAUGUAUGUCCAUCCCUCCUCGGGCCUAUCCUCGGAGCUCAACAAGAUUGUCUCUGUGUUCUACACCAUCGUCACACCCCUCCUGAAUCCCAUCAUCUACAGCCUGAGGAACAAGGACUUCAGGAAUGCGUUGAAGAAAAUAAUCCAGAGGCAAUGCACAAGAGGCUGGAGGCCUUAUUCUGGUUCACACUAA